UCUAAUCCACAGACCGUAAUCCACAUAGGCUAAUGAACCAGUUUGGAUUUCAGAUGGACUAUAAGCUCCUCACUGUCUGCACUUAUUUUCAAAGUGAGAGUGAAACUGGGAUGGGAGAGGAAGAAUGAGUCAAGCCACUGAAUGACGUUACACGGAGGCAGGUGUACCGGCAGGCAAUCUGAGUUUACAAUGCUUGCUGAAGGAGGGAGGGUUUUACCUGCUCUGUGCAGUUCUGAGACCGAGGGGCCCAUCCUUUGGAGCUUUUAAUCCACAAUUCUUUGUCACAGGGAUUCUACAAAAGAGACAGUAACAAAAAUAAAGACAUGGAUAUUGGAGGUUUGGAGACUGUGGUGGCCAACUCGGCCUAUGUUUCAGCACGCGGGAGUAUAGACAGUGUUGCUGCAGCAACUAUGCGUGACAAAAAAUACCGCACCAAGCUCAACCUGCCACACAUCAGACAAUGUGAACAUAUGAAGACUACGGUGGAUUCUUCCUUUGACACUAUGUGUGUACGCCAACCGAUUGGUAUGCGCCUCUUUCAGCAAUACCUUGAAAGUGAACCUGCUCACAAGAAUCCUGUAGAUUUGUGGAAAGAUAUUGAAGACUACAAUGUUGCUCAGGAAAAUGACCGAGCUAAGAAAGCACAGAAGAUGGUAAACAAAUACUACGAGUCUUCCUCCAAGAACUUCUGCGACUUCCUGGGGGACAAAGCUGUGAGCAGGGUGAAAGAGGACUACAAGAACAUUCGAGGAGAUCUGUUUAAAGAGAGUGAACAGCAGCUCCUUGUCCACCUGGAAACUAAAGCACUCAAUGGCUUCAAGGACAGCAUGUAUUUUCUGCGUUACAUACAGUUUAAAUGGCUGGAGAGCCAGCCUGUUACUGAAGAUUGGUUCAUGGAUUUCAGAGUGCUUGGGAAAGGUGGAUUUGGUGAGGUCCAUGCUUGCCAAAUGAAGGCGACAGGGAAGAUGUAUGCUAACAAGAAACUGAACAAGAAGAGGUUGAAGAAACGUAAAGGUUAUGAUGGUGCUAUUAUUGAGAAGUGCAUCCUGGCUAAAGUGCACAGUCGUUUCAUUGUGACCCUGGCCUAUGCUUUCCAGACCAAAAACGACCUCUGUCUGGUCAUGACCAUCAUGAAUGGUGGAGACCUCAGAUUCCAUAUGUAUAAUGUGGAUGAGAAGAAUCCAGGCUUUAAUGAAAAUAGAGCUUGUUAUUACACAGCUCAGAUCAUCUGUGGGCUUGAGCAUUUGCACCAGCACAGGAUUGUGUACAGAGACCUCAAGCCAGAGAAUGUCCUCUUAGAUGAUGCAGGACAUGUGCGUCUCUCUGAUCUGGGGUUGGCUGUCGAAUUACCACCAGGGAAAGAUAAAACACAGGGAUAUGCUGGGACCCCAGGUUUUAUGGCUCCAGAACUGUUACAGAAGAAAGAGUAUGACUACACUGUAGACUACUUUACUCUUGGGGUCACUUUAUAUGAAAUGGUUGCCGCCAAGGGACCUUUCAGGUGUCGUGGAGAGCAGGUGGACAACAAUGAAGUGACACGGCGCAUCCUGAAUGACCCUGUCUCAUACCCCCCAACCUUCAGCCAAGAGCUUAAAGACCUCUGUGAAGGAUUGAUGGAGAAAGAUCCAGAGAAGAGACUUGGCUUCAAGAACAAUGAGUGUGCUGACCUGAAGAACCAGUCCUUCUUUAAACAGCUCAACUGGGGAAGAUUAGAGGCUGGUAUGCUUCCUCCUCCUUUUGUCCCAGAUCCUAAGAUGGUCUAUGCCAAAGACAUUGAUGAUGUAGGAGCAUUCAGCACGAUCAAAGGUGUUGUGAUUGACAACAAAGACAAUGAAUUCUACAAUGAGUUUGCAACUGGGAACGUACCAAUUCCAUGGCAGGAGGAGAUGAUUGAGACAGGUGUGUUUGGGGAGCUUAACGUCUGGGGACAAAACGGAAAACUUCCGAAUGAUCUGGAUCCCAACUAUGUGGAAGCAAAAGGAGGGGGAUGUGUUCUACUGUGAACUAGAAAAAUAAAUGAAUAAACUGGUGGGCGCACAGGAAUGAUUGAUGGUGAACAACAAAGGCAUGAAUUAUGUGCUUAAUGUGAAGAAUGCUUGUGUAACUCACAAGGUCUCCCUAUGUAUGUACUGGGAUAAUUUUUUUUCUUAAAACUAUUGAUAAAAAGUAAGCAAAUCACCCCAAGUUCUGACAUUUUGUAAAAAUUAUGAUUUUUACAAAAAAUUCUGAUAGUUGAAUUAUUGUAAUAUAUAUGAGGUAAAAUUACUUCUAAUGUUAUGUGUGUUUGUACGUUUACAGUUUCACAAGGGAAUUUUU